AUGACUCGCUCCGCUGUUUCGUCACAGCUUAUCUCAGUUCGUAUCACAUCCGGAUCAAGAUUUGUUUCAAUCAUUCUUCUGACGCAAUUCGAAUUUGCGAAGAAGACUGCUCAGGGCUUUAAAUUGUGCAGGUUUUUUGAUGCUCGAUUUGGUCUUGGUGAGGCAAAGCUUUGGAGUUGUUUUGAUCAAGGUUUCGAUGCAGAUUUUCACCAGGCUGCUAGAACUGUUUUUGGCUUUAGAAAUUUUCUAUGUAAUUUGUUUAUUUGUAAAGUUCUUGAAGUUUGGCAAUUGUAUGACAUUUGGAUCCCUUUUUUAGUGGAAUUUUGA